AUGCGAUCUCGUGGCUCAGUGGUUUGGAAGAAGGAGCCUGAGGAUCCGCGGCCGCUGAAACCUAGCAAAAUUUCUGGAACUUUGGUUGAAAAAGACCCAAAAAUCACGAGGUUUCAGGGAGGAAAAAGUAAAAGGGGUUAUCAGCCCUUUGCAGACGCGGUCCAUGCAGAACUCCCAUCCCCGCCGGUUGCGCAUGCCCAAGGCAAGAUUACAAAACCAGCUAUUCGCGAUCGCUCGUUGACGGGGAGAUGUCGAAACCUUUGGCAGCGUCCAUAG